AUGUUUUGGUGGAAUCGCGUCAUGAACAAAUACAAAAAACUAAAGGGAGACUAUGAUAGCACAUCCUGUGCUCGACAUAUUUGGUCAGAUUCCGAAGAAGAAGAAGAAGAAGGAGACGAAGUGGAGCUGGAAUUUAUGCAUGAACCAGUUUAUAGUGAUGAAGAUAUUGUCGACGACAGCCCUUUCGAAACUUUGUUGAUGAAACCGAAACGAUUGGAAUGGAUGUUGUCAGAAUUGCGCGGUUUCGAGAAUCCAGACAUCAAACUCGAACAAUACGAGACCUCUCCUGAGCUAGCUAUAGCUAUUGUGGAUUCUAUUGAUCGGCUGGUCGGACUUGACGGACGAUUUGUUGCUGAUCUCGGCUGCGGUUGUGGAAUGUUGAUGUCAACAGUUGCACUUGCGCACGAGCCAGCAGCCGUUGUAGGUUUUGACCUGGACAAUUGCGCACUUUCAAUAUGCAAAGAAAAUCUGGAGGAUUUAGAAAUUGAUGAUAGGUGUGAUCUAGUAAGAACCGAUGCGCUCGAAAUCCCCGAUGGAUUUCGUAGCGAUUUCGAUGUUGUUAUAAUGAAUCCACCAUUUGGAACUAAGAAUAACGCAGGUAUGGAUAUACGUUUUGUCAGGGCUGGUCUCGAGAUUUUACGUCCGGGCGGCAGCCUUUUUUCUCUGCAUAAAUCUUCUACAAGAGAUCAUAUACUUAAAACAGCAAAUAAAUGGGAUGAUGCAGAUGCAAGAUGCGUAGCCCAGCUGCGAUGGAAUCUCCCUGCCACCUACAAGUUCCACAAGAAAAAAUCAGUAGAUAUUGAUGUUGAUUUGAUACAUUACAAGAAAAUAUAA